GGGAGAAGGGUGAGUUCGAUUGCCUAUCAGGUGUUCGGAGAAAUUACUCUGUGAUAAAUUUCAAUGGCAAUGGUAACUGCAGCCGCGGCAAAUGAAAACGGGAAAGAAUCAAAAGGUGGAUUGAAGGAGAAACUUCAGCAGAUAUUCGAGGACUUCUUGACGAGGGUCGCAAAGCUUGAGGAGCUUGGUGCCGUUGCAAAUAGAUAUCUCAGUGGGUUUCAGCAAUCCCUUGAAUUUAUUCGGCGGCCUCCCAUAGACAUGGAAUCGAAAUUGAUGAGCAAGCUCAUAAGUGCUAAUGACACGAAGAGGAUGAAAUCAUACAUCCAAGCCGGCUGCUGCAACACUCUUGACAGAGUGCAGAAUACGAGCAAGUCCAAAAUCAUACUGAAUGAGGUUGAGGAUCUCAUGGAGGAUCUGACGCUUGCAAUUCAAAGUUAUAAUCGCUCAUUACCACCUUUGCAAAUUGAAGAUCUUUGUGACCAACUGGACGAACAGCAUUUACAUCAGGUGGGAAGAAAUUUUGCUUCAUUAAUAAUGUUCAUUGCUUCGUCGGUUGGGGUCAUAUACAGCAUGCUGAAGCAGGAUUAUGUGAUGCAGGAAAAGAUUGUUGGAUCGUUAAAUCUCAACUCAACCCCAGGGGAAUUAGAGAGCUACUGUCUGAUGUGGUCACUCCGACCUUACGUAAACGACGAAAUCAUGCUUCAAGCCUGGAGACUGAUCCGCUAGACUUGUUGCUGAGUAUGCUGAAGUCCUCAGAACUGUUUGAAACUCGUCAUGACACUACAAGUAGCGUGUUCUCUUUGUUAGCUCGCCUAUGUUGACUUGUCCAUCAUCAAGCACUUAACUUUAUGUGUACGGAAAUAGACAUUUCUGGUUUGUUUCUUCGUGGCUGUCAAAUUUUUAGUCAAUUAUUGAAUGGAAAAGCGAUAUGGCGUUAAAAAUGCACCAGUUAUUGAAGGGCAUCGAAAUGUUACCACAGGGUAAUUUUCAUGCCAAAAGAUG